AUGUCCUUCCAAGCUGCAAAGCGCGACCUGCGCAAAAGGAUGCGCUCGGUUCUACAGGGGCUGUCUGCAACUGCAAUCAACCAACAAUCCAGCGCUGCUACAGCGAAGUUCCUGUCGCUGGCUGAGUAUCAAAACGCGAAGAACAUCGCCGUAUACCUGUCUAUGCCGAGCGGUGAGCUUUCAACUACAGGGAUCGUAAAGGAUGCCCUACAGCGUGGGAAGAAUGUCUACAUCCCAUAUAUCCACACUCAGAAUAAUACAUCUGUUAUGGAUAUGUUUGCGCUCGGGUCCAUGUCUGAGUUCGAGUCCUUACAACCGGACAAAUGGGGAAUCCCAUCUCUCCUAAUUACGCAAAUCGAGGGUCGCCAGAACGCGCUGGUACAGGGGCUGGAUCUCAUCGUGAUGCCGGGUAUGGCCUUUGACCACGGAUUCCGACGACUCGGUCAUGGUAAAGGAUAUUAUGAUCAUUUCCUAACGCGAUACUCAAAUUUGACCCGCAAAAUGCCAUUCCUUGUUGCCCUUUCUCUCCAAGACCAAUUGCUCGCUGAGGAUAUCCCCGUGGUGGAGCAUGACUGGUUGAUAGAUGCGGUCGUGGUUGGUGAUGGGCGAUACUUGGACCGCAGGGUGUAG